AUGGCCAUUGAUAAAUCACUUUGUGACCUGGGAGCAAGCAUCAACUUAAUGCCCCCUACCAUGUUGAAGAAAUUGAUGAUAGAAGAGGUUAAACCUACAAGGAUGUCACUCCAACUUGCUGACAGAUCUCUCAAAAUACCAAAUGGAGUAGUGGAGAAUCUCUUGGUGAAAGUAGGAAACUUCAUAUUCCCAACCGACUUUGUAGUCUUGGACAUGGAUGAGGAGGGGAGUAACUCGGUUAGUCUUGGUAGACCUUUUCUGGCCACUGCUAGAACAAUCAUUGAUGUGGAGAAGGGGGAGAUGAUCUUCAGAGUACAUGAUGAGCAAAUGGCCAUAAAUGUCUUCAAGGCAAUGUAA